AUGGGCAAGCUGAAGAACUACGACUGCCACAAGCAGAAGUACUACGUCCCUCAGAACAAGCCGUCGUGGUCCGUCCUCAACCUGAAGCAGGCGGCGAAGAAGAUCGACAAGGAGAAGAGCGCUUCGAAGAAGCAGGCGCUGGGUAAGAAGAAGAAGGUGGCGCAGAAGCUCGCGAACCGCAAGGGCGGACGAGGACUACGGAACCCGGCGAACCCGGAGCACAAGAAGAUCCUCGCCAAGGUGCGUCGCGUCGACGGCCGCCUCGAACCGCGGCUCGACGCGAGGAAGGAAUCGACGACGAGUCAGAUGAAUCGACUCGAAUCGAAUCGCCAGCCGCCGCCAGCCGCCCACCGAUUUCGCGAACCCCCAUCCUCCGCGGACCGAUCCCCGCGCGUCCUUUCCUCCUCCGCGUCGAUAUAUCGCCGACGACGCGUUCCUCCUCCUCCCCCCCCCGCGCGCUCGCAGUCGAAGCAACUGAAGAAGAACAAGCGCUCCGGGAGAGUCAGCGGGCGCAACAACUGA